AUGUCGGGGCUGUUGUCGCUCAUCAGGAGGUGCCCCGCGAGGCAUGCGACGUUCACGAGCAACGCGACGCGCGCCUGGACCCGAACGAUGGCCGGGCCCAACACGAAGCACUACGACGUUAGCGACGGACCGAUGGCGCAGCUCCUGCGCAUCGUCCGUGACGGGGAGGGGAUGACGGUCUCGCAGCUGUACGAGCGCGCGACGUCGGACGGCGUGGGGGUGCACAGCAGGCGGCACAUGAAGGGACUGCUGCAGUGGAUGAAGAAGAUCGGGAGGGUGCGAACGGAGCCCGCGAGGAACGCGCAGGGGAAGAUCGUAAGAGGAAAGAACCACUCGUUUCACCUCACCGAGGUUGGCGAGACUCACAUAGCAAAGAUAGACGAGGCGGCGGGCCGCUGA